AAGAAAUUCGACCACAUGACUCUUCGUAUCUGUUGACGAUGGAUGGUGGUCCGAUUGAAAUCAUCCAAAUUCCGAAAUGGCUUAAAUUUGUUCCGUUAUUCGAAUCAGAAUGGCGUGUUAUCAAGCGUGUCGUUACUCCAUUAUACAAAAUUCUUGAUAUUAAUCAACAACAAGAAAUCGAAAAACUUUUCAGUAAACAAGAUCAUAUUCUAAUGACCAAUACAACUACAAUUUUGGACUUUUACACUGGAUAUCAACGGAUAGAAUUUAAUAGCAAACUAAAGAGCAGCAAUUAUCAAAUUUUUGGAAAAGUCGUGGAUGCCGAUGGCCAAUCGUUCACAGACAUUUAUGUGGAAUUUAGUCUGAAAUCAGAAUAUGGGUUCUCAGUUAAUUGGAUCCAAGCCGGUGUUACCUAUUAUAUGGACUUUUCUGAUAGCGAUAUUCUGAACGAAAU